AUGAAUCUACAAGCCCUCAUCGCGACAUUUUUUGCAGCACUGGUUGCUUGUGCUACUGCGGCCGUCGAUCAUGACAAAGUGGAACCCUUUCCUCAACCCGAGCCUGUCACGAUAUCUGAAAAGGCCGCUAUCAAGUUCAAGACGCAAUUGGUCAUUCCACAGGGCGUGUGUGUGUCGUAUCCUGCUGUGAAUGCUGCAGGUGAGGUCGGCGGUGGACUCAACGAUUGGGAUAAUGGCAACGACGCCUGUCUGUCUGCCGCAUUAGGGUCUCAGGUCUACGGUCGAGCGGGGUGGCACAAGGAUCGAUGGGCCAUCAUGUACGCUUGGUACUUCCCAAAAGAUUUUUGGACGGGUUUCCCUACACACCGUCAUGACUGGAAAAGUGUCGUUGUGUGGAUCGACAAUCCUGCUUUGGAGAUACCCAAGAUUGAAGGGGUCUCCAUGUCCAAGUCCGACACGAAGUACAAAAAGAAGCUUAAACUAAAGGAAUCUUAUUUCAGUGGUGCCCCAACGAAUGGCUCCAACACGUCUCUCCGAUUCGAAUAUGAGGCUGGGUUUGGCUCUACAUUUAUGGGUUUUACCCGCUGGGAUGGCGAGUACCAGAAUUUGAUCAUGUGGGAACAACUCACGGACGCAGCGCGUGCCACUCUUAACGACGGCAACAACUUUGGGAAAGAAGCGAGUGUGCCGUUCAGUGAUGAACACUUCGAGGACCGCCUCGACGAAGCAUGGCCAUUCUUACUCGGCGCUGCGAAUGAUUCAAGCUUUCUCUCAGUAGCUACAUUGGAAGCAUCUACCCGUUUUUGCGAUGAAGAUUUAGAAUUUGUACCCGAACCUCGAUAA